AUGUCGACAUCUCGCUAUGGGCAGGUGGAAAAUAGUAAUAACCAAAGGCUGGACGAAUUGGCAUCGAAACUUUCAACAUUCAGAAACGUCAACGCUGAGAUCGGGAAUGAAGCUCGUUCGGACACGUCUGUUAUGGAUCAGAUGCAGAACCAGUUUGACUCAAUGCUGCUGAAGGUCAAAAACUCAUCAUCAAGACUUACCAGAUCUAUGAAAGCCGGCAACAACAUUUGGAGGAUGGUGGGCCUCUCGCUCUUGAUAUUUUUCAUUGUAUACUUUCUAUUCAAGGUUUUCUAG